UCCCGCCCGGGCCCGGCCCGAUUAGCCGCCCCGAUAGGCAGUGGUCCCGGCCGGCCGCGGCCGCAGCUCAGCAGCGGCAGCUCGUCGUCGCCAUCAAACCCCUCCGUUCCACGCGCUGCUGCUUUCCCCCCAGGUGAGAUAAACGUAUCGUUGCCGCGGCUUGGAGUACUUUGCCGCGGCCGCUGCAGCAGCAGCAGGCCCGGUCGAUGCACGUGCAGAGCAAACACGGCGAGGGUGCGAUAGGGUUGGAGGGCGUCAUGAAAUCUCCAUUAGCUGUCCUGUCGAUCACGGCCGCGGCCCAGGCGCCGCCGGGCGCGGGGGGUUUGUCUCGUGCCCGCGAUGCGCCAUUCCUCUCCGCAGGGACGUCGCGGCGCCAUGGGCGGCCACCAGGACCGCGUGCUCUCGCUGGCCCAGGAGAUGAAGCCCAUCCUCCUGGUGAUGAGGGGCAUCAACAUCAUGCCUCUCCGCUUCCUCGCGGACGGCGGCGUCACGUGCUUUGCAGCGCGCUCCCCGCUGGCCGCGCUCUCGGCCGCCCUGUGGGCGCUGACCGUCGUGGACGCCCUGGUGGAGGUGCGCGAGCGCGCGGGCCUGGUGCGCGGAGCGGCCGAGUUCAGCGACGCCGUGUUCCAGAUCUUCUUCCUCAUGCUGGUGCACCACCACUUCCUCACGCCCGUGCUCCACUGGAGGGCCGCCCCCGCCUUCGCCGACUACCUCUCCGACUGGAAAGACUAUCAGGACACGUACCUGGCGGUCACGGGCCGGCCGCUGCGCUUGGGGGUGCGCCCGCUGGCCUCCCACAAGGGCGCGGCCGCCGUCGCGGUGCCGCUGCUGCUGGCCGUGGCCCUGCUCCUCACCUUCGACGGCAACAACUGGCACAACACCCUGCUCGGGCUGAUGGCCGCCACGUUCCACGCGGUCAUUCCUUCCUUCUGGGACGUCCUGGGCACCGCUGUCGUCAACGCCUCCGACACCCUCAGCCGCCACCUGGAGGAGUACACUAUAACUGGGAGAGUGCAGGAGGUGUUCGCGGCGGGGGGCGCGCCGGAGCCGGGCCGGGUGCGCGCCUACCGCGACCUGUGGCUGGGGCUGCGCGAGCUGGCCGAGCGCGCCACGGCGACCUGGGGCGCCUGCACCAUCCACUACCUGCUGUGCUGCGUCUCCGCCGUGCUCCUCAACGGCUUCGGGCUGAUGGCAGAGGCGACGGAGGGUGCCGACGCCAACCUGCUGAUGGCCUCGGCCAUGCUGCUCAUCACGGUGGACUCGCUGUGGCACACGGCGGUGGUGUGCGGGGCGGGCCACCGCAUGGCCGCGAGCGUGGGCGGCGGCGCCAGGGACGUGCUGCUCGCCAUGCGCACCAGCGGCGAAAGCUCACCGCACCGGGCUCACCGCGCGCGCAGCCGGAGCCUCACCACGCUCCAGACAGAGGUUGCGUCUUUCCUCAAGGUCAUGCAAAGGCCCACGAUCGUCACGCUGUACGGGUUCAUCACGCUCAGACUCACCCUCAUCGUCACCAUCAUGGACAAGCUGGUCACCUACCUCUGCGUGCUGCUGCAGUUCACCAUCAACUUCCGGUUGAAGUACCGGAACCACAGACGGAGAUCGCCGUAAAAGCAGUCCUCGAGUUUUAAUAAAGUUUUGCGAAACUGGAAC